AUGUCGUCGGGCAUCAGAGACGUCGAGAAUCAGGAUUCGCAGAGCUCGAGUUCGAGUUCGAGUUCGAACUCUGCUGCGCAAUCCAUUGGACAGCACCCAUAUCGCGGCUUCGACAGCGAAGCCGCAGAAAGGGUGCAUGAGUUGGCCAGGACGCUCACAUCACAAAGUGUACUCCAUACAGCUAAUUCAAACAACAUUGACAAUAACAGCUCCUCCAGCAACCAUAAUACACACAAUGCGGACUCCAGGUCCAUCUUUUCUACGGAUAUGGAGGGUGUAAACCCAGUAUUCACUAACCCGGACACCCCGGGUUACAAUCCCAAACUGGACCCUAACAGUGAUCAGUUCUCCAGUACAGCUUGGGUACAAAAUAUGGCAAACAUAUCUACGUCCGACCCUGAUUUCUACAAACCGUAUUCACUUGGUUGUGUGUGGAAGAAUCUGAGUGCGUCAGGGGACUCUGCAGAUGUGUCAUAUCAGUCCACGUUUACUAACAUCAUCCCUAAGCUGCUAACGAAAGGGCUCAGGUUGCUGAAGUCUUCCAAAGAGGAGGACACUUUCCAGAUCCUAAAGCCCAUGGAUGGCUGCCUUUAUCCAGGCGAACUGUUGGUCGUCCUCGGUAGACCAGGGUCAGGUUGUACUACGCUACUAAAAUCCAUUUCUUCCAACUCGCACGGGUUCAAAAUCGCGAAAGACUCAAUUAUCUCGUACAGCGGUUUGUCUAGCUCUGAGAUUAAGAAGCACUAUCGUGGGGAAGUCGUUUACAAUGCAGAAUCAGAUAUCCAUUUGCCGCAUCUUACCGUAUACCAGACGCUUUUUACUGUUGCGAGAAUGAAGACACCGCAAAAUCGUAUUAAGGGCGUAGACAGAGAAUCGUAUGCCAAUCACGUGACGGAGGUUGCAAUGGCCACUUAUGGUCUUUCACAUACUAGGGAUACCAAGGUUGGGAACGAUUUGGUUAGAGGUGUUUCCGGUGGUGAAAGAAAGCGUGUUUCCAUUGCCGAGGUCGCGAUCUGUGGGGCCAGAUUUCAAUGUUGGGAUAAUGCUACCAGAGGUUUGGAUUCUGCCACUGCUUUGGAGUUCAUUCGUGCUUUGAAAACGCAAGCUGAUAUAGGAAAGACGGCUGCCACAGUGGCCAUCUACCAAUGUUCCCAGGAUGCUUACGAUCUUUUUGAUAAGGUCUGUGUCUUGGAUGAUGGUUACCAACUUUAUUUUGGGCCUGCCAAGGAUGCUAAAAAGUAUUUCCAAGACAUGGGGUAUUAUUGUCCCCCUAGACAAACUACAGCAGAUUUCUUAACUUCAAUUACAAGUCCUACUGAAAGAAUUAUCAGCAAAGAAUUCACCGAAAAGGGCAUCAAAGUGCCCCAAACGCCAAAGGAUAUGGCCGAAUACUGGCUGCAAUCAGAUACAUACAAUAAUCUAAUAAAAGACAUAGACUCUUCUUUGGGGCAGAAUACCGACGAGCUACGUGAUAUUAUCGAGAAUGCACACCAUGCUAAACAGGCAAAAAGAGCACCACCUUCCUCUCCCUACGUCGUUAACUAUGGCAUGCAAGUGAAAUACUUGCUGAUAAGAAAUUUUUGGAGAAUGAAACAAAGUGCCAGUGUUACUCUGUGGCAAGUCAUCGGAAACUCCGUCAUGGCUUUCAUUUUAGGUUCAAUGUUCUACAAAGUGAUGAAGAAGAAUGAUACUUCCACAUUUUACUUCCGUGGUGCUGCAAUGUUUUUUGCCAUUCUAUUUAAUGCAUUUUCAUGUCUUUUGGAAAUCUUUAGUUUGUAUGAAACAAGACCUAUAACUGAAAAGCACAGAACCUAUUCUCUGUACCACCCAAGUGCUGACGCAUUUGCCUCUGUCUUGUCUGAAAUGCCCCCAAAAUUAAUCACUGCUGUAUGCUUCAACAUCAUCUUUUACUUCCUAGUCGACUUCAAAAGAGAUGGCGGUGUCUUCUUCUUUUAUUUUUUAAUUAAUAUCAUCGCUACUUUCACUUUAUCGCAUUUGUUUAGAUGCGUUGGUUCGUUGACUAAAACGUUACAGGAGGCUAUGGUCCCCGCUUCGAUGUUGUUAUUGGCAAUUGCUAUGUAUACAGGAUUUGCCAUCCCCAGAACCAAGAUUCUAGGUUGGUCCAUUUGGAUUUGGUAUAUCAACCCUUUAGCAUAUCUUUUUGAAUCUUUAAUGGUUAAUGAAUUCCACAAUCGAAAAUUCCGCUGUGCUCAAUACGUACCUGCUGGCCCUGGUUAUCAGAAUGUGACCGGUACCCAGCAUGUUUGUUCCGCUGUCGGUGCUUAUCCCGGUAACAACUAUGUUUUAGGUGAUGAUUUCUUAAAGGAAAGUUACGAUUAUGAGCACAAGCACAAGUGGCGUGGAUUUGGUAUCGGUAUGGCGUAUGUUGUUUUCUUCUUCUUUGUCUAUUUAAUCCUUUGCGAGUACAACGAAGGUGCCAAACAAAAAGGUGAAAUGGUUGUGUUCUUAAGAUCUAAGAUCAAGCAACUAAAAAAAGAGGGUAAAUUACAAGAUAAACACAAGCCCAGAGACAUUGAAAACAAUAUAGGCAGUUCUCCAGAUUCCGCUACUACGGAGAAGAAACUAUUAGAUGAUAGUUCCGAGAGAUCUGAUAGUUCUUCAGACAAUGCCGGAUUAAGUCUAAGCAAAUCGGAAGCAAUUUUCCACUGGCGUGAUUUAUGUUACGAUGUUCCUGUGAAAGGUGGUCAAAGACGAAUCUUGAAUAAUGUGGAUGGUUGGGUGAAGCCAGGCACUUUAACAGCCUUAAUGGGAGCUUCAGGUGCCGGUAAAACAACUUUAUUGGAUUGUUUGGCUGAAAGAGUUACCAUGGGUGUCAUUACCGGUAAUAUUUUUGUCGAUGGUCGUUUGCGUGAUGAAUCGUUUCCAAGAUCUAUCGGUUAUUGUCAACAACAAGAUUUGCAUUUAAAAACAGCCACAGUAAGAGAAUCCCUAAGAUUUUCUGCUUAUUUGCGUCAACCAUCAUCAGUUUCCAUUGAAGAAAAGAAUAAGUAUGUGGAAGAAGUUAUCAAAAUUUUGGAAAUGGAAAAGUAUUCAGACGCUGUUGUUGGAAUUGCAGGUGAAGGUUUAAACGUUGAACAAAGAAAAAGACUUACUAUUGGUGUCGAGCUCGCAGCCAGACCUAAACUUUUGGUCUUUCUUGAUGAACCAACAUCAGGUCUAGAUUCUCAAACUGCUUGGGAUACAUGUCAACUUAUGAGAAAACUGGCUACUCACGGCCAAGCAAUUCUUUGUACUAUUCAUCAACCAUCUGCUAUCUUAAUGCAACAAUUUGAUAGAUUACUGUUCAUGCAAAGAGGCGGUCAAACUGUUUAUUUUGGGGAUUUAGGUGAAGGAUGUAAAACUAUGAUUGAUUAUUUUGAAGGCAAGGGAGCUCAUAAAUGUCCACCUGAUGCCAAUCCUGCCGAAUGGAUGUUAGAAGUUGUGGGUGCUGCACCUGGUUCACACGCCAGUCAAGACUACAAUGAAGUAUGGAGAAAUUCAGAUGAAUACAAGGCAGUUCAGAAAGAAUUGGAUUGGAUGGAAAAAAAUUUACCAGGCAGAUCGAAAGAACCAACUGCAGAAGAACAUAAACCAUUUGCUGCAUCAUUAUACUAUCAGUUUAAAAUGGUGACCGUUCGUUUGUUUCAACAAUACUGGAGAUCCCCUGAUUAUCUAUGGUCAAAAUUCGUUUUGACUAUAUUUAAUCAAAUUUUCAUCGGGUUUACUUUUUUUAAAGCUGAUAGAAGUUUACAAGGGUUACAAAAUCAAAUGUUAUCAAUAUUCAUGUAUACGGUUAUCUUCAAUCCUAUCCUACAACAGUAUUUGCCAUCUUUUGUGCAGCAGAGGGAUUUGUAUGAAGCCAGAGAACGUCCUUCGAGAACAUUUUCGUGGAUUGCGUUUUUCCUUUCUCAAAUCAUUGUUGAAAUUCCAUGGAACAUUUUAGCGGGUACACUUGCUUAUUGUAUUUACUAUUAUACAGUUGGAUUUUAUUCGAAUGCUUCAGCUGCUGACCAACUUCAUGAGAGAGGUGCCCUGUUUUGGCUAUUCUCUAUCGCCUUCUAUGUCUACAUUGGCUCUAUGGGUUUGCUCAUGAUAUCUUUUAACGAAGUUGCUGAAACAGCAGCUCAUAUGGGGUCGCUAUUGUUCACGAUGGCAUUAUCGUUCUGUGGUGUUAUGGCUACUCCUAGUGCCAUGCCAAGAUUUUGGAUUUUUAUGUAUAGAGUUUCACCUCUGACCUAUAUGAUUGAUGCAUUAUUGGCUGUUGGUGUCGCCAAUGUCGACGUUAAAUGUUCAGAUUAUGAAAUGCUCAAGUUUACUCCACCAUCGGGAACCACAUGUGGUGACUAUAUGGCAGGAUACAUCAAAAUGGCCGGAACAGGUUACUUAGGUGACCCAUCUGCGACGGACUUAUGUAGUUUUUGUCCGGUGUCUACUACCAACGCUUACCUAGCUACCGUUAGUUCUCAUUAUUACAGAAGAUGGAGAAAUUACGGUAUUUUUAUCUGCUAUAUUGCUUUUGACUAUAUUGCUGCAACAUUCUUGUAUUGGUUAUCCAGAGUACCUAAGAAUAGCGGUAAAAUAUCUGAACAGCCCAGAAAGUAA